AUGGCAGAUGAUUCAAGAAGAAAUCUUCUUGAUGACUUCAUUUCAUCUCCAAAUCCGCAGGCAGAAAUAUCUUCACUGACUGCAGAUAAUGAACAAGCACCCAUUACCCAUGACCAAGGCAUAAUAUGUCCCGAUAAAGAUCUCAAUCAAGCAAUUUCAAACUGUUUACCUCAUACUAUUGCCCAAAAUGUGACGAUUCUCGAAGACUCAAAGGAUGGUGAGGCUGUCAUAGGAAAGGAAAAACAAGCUACUGAUUUGAACAUACCAUCCUACAGUGAUGAAUCAUUACGUGAUGAGGAUGGACCAGUUUUUGCUCAAAGUAACACAGACUGUGUCAACUUUUCUUUAGAGAGUAAUGUAAGUUCUGAAGAACAAUCUUCACUGCAUAUUGAAGGAGAAGGCUUAGAAGAAUGGAAUGAGUCAAAAGAAACAGUGCCUAAUAAUGGGGAAGAAGAAAGUACCAAAGUUUGCCUACCAGAAAAUGUGGUACUAGUUGGAAUAUCAUCCCCGAUACUUGAUGGCAGUAGUGAAUUUCUUUUCAAAAUUGAAGAUAUAAGAUCAGUUGUCUCUGAAGUCUUUCAAGAUGCUCAAGCUUACACUAAUGAAUUUGUUGGUGGUGAUGUUCCUAAAGAAUCAAAGCAAUUGAGUUCAGAAUAUAUUUCUAAAAACACAAGAAAACCUGAGGCUGAGGGAGUAGUGUGCAAUCUUGUUUCUAGUUCAAAGACCAAACUUGAAAUGGGAAGUUUCCCUGAAUCUUGUCCAUCCAGUAAUACAGAUCAUUCAGUUUUCACAGAAGCUGAUUUGUCAGAAACGUUAGUUUCUGUUGAUUCUGGUGAUUUUUCAGAAAGUUUGAGUGUAAGUGAUGAUCCGCCAUCCCAAAACAAGGCAUCACUUCUUCCUUCUUCCACCAAUAAACCAGAAACAAAGGAAACAUUUGAACUUGCUACUAAGAAUGAUUCACAGCCUCAGGAAGAUUUUGUUUCAGGUGGACAACAAGAGCUUAAUAAGAAAGUAAUGGAUCCUGCUACCAGUAUUAUUUUGGAAACUCAGGAAGUUCGUAAUACUUUUGCCAGUGAUAAUCCACAAUCCCAAUCUAAGGACUCACUUAAUCCUGUUUCCAUAGAUGAACCUGAGAGUCCUGUAGACAGAUACGGUCCACAGAAAUUGCUUCUGCCAACAUUAAGUAAGGAUCUAGAAUUUCAAGAUCCUGUAGACAAAUAUGGUCUACAGUCCAACAGAAUAAAUUAUCCUACUGCCAAUGAUGGUCUACAGAAAUCCCUUGAUAAAAAAACCAGGAAGGAUCCAGAAACUAAGAAAACACAGAAUCCAGCUAUUGAUAGUCCCAAAACCAUGGAAUUAUGGGAUCCUGAAAAGAAAAUUAAUAAAUCAGGAAUAGACACUCCUGAAUACAGAACAGACAUGUCUGAUUCUAGUGAUAUAUUAGUUAUUGUUCCCAGUAAUAAAGAAUACCUACAACCAAAUGACAAUGCAGAUUCAUCUUUUUCUACCAUUUCACAGAUGGAAAAGAUGGAGAUUUCCACUCCAGAAUCAUCAAACAAUUCAUCAUUUGAACAGAGCACAGAACCAGAUUUUGCUAAAGAUUUACAGUGUUCAACUAUUACUGAUACAGAUUUCACCUCUUCCUUAUAUGAAUCUGUUGACAAACCUACUGAUGAAGUGCCCAUUACCGUUCUGGGCCUGUCAGAUGAAUUUCAGACUGACAGACAAGUGCCUCUCACUAUUCCAACAAAUACAAUGCGGUCUGAAUCAGAAUUGCCAGUAACUAGUGAAGUCGACUUUAAAAAUGAACUCUUAAAGGAUGCAUGUAAAUCAUCUAGUAAUGUUGAUCAGUUGGAUGAAAUUAAUGCAGCAACAUCUUCGACAUCAGUGAUCUUUGGUCAGAAGGAAACUCACACUUUUAGACCAGUUGAUAUGUCCACAGACCUUCAAAACUCAUCUAUUGAAGAAUCUUCAAGUUUUGAAGACAAUAGAUUGUAUAUUGAUGAAGACAAAAUGUCACCGGAAGAAUAUAGUGAAAAAUUGAAAGAAAAAACUGAAAAGUCACAAGAAAAGAAAAGCACUCAAAAUGAAACAAAGAUGAUAGAGAGAGGACAUAAUGAGCAAUUGUUGGUUAUGAAUCCAGAAGAUUUUACUACUUCAAAUUCAACUACCUCUAAAGACAAAAGUGAUAGGCUGGCACAUCAAAAUGAAGAGGCAUCUUACAUUUCAGAUCAUGUAGAUGAAAAGAACUGUUUAGGAGGCUUCAAAGUGGCAUGUGACAAAACUGAAGCCUUCACCAACCAAGAAGAUGCUGAAAGUCUGAUAGCUGUUAGUCAAGGAUUUAGUCUUGAUGAUAUGACUGCUACUCCUGAUGAAGCAGACAAUCCACAUGUUCCUAAGCAGUUUGGGCCCUUUGAUUCAGACUCCAUAAUUGUAAUAAAUGCAGCAAUUAUUCAACGCAAAGCAGAAGACAGUCAACUUCCCUACAAGAACAUCCACCCAAACAAUUGUUCAGACACUGUUUUUAAGUCUAACGAUACAGAGGAAAAUUCAGGAAAAACUUUGCAUGUGAAAGAAACAGAAUCUGGUGGCAAUGAGGACUUAUUGGAGAAGACUCCUAACGAGGAUUCCACAGCAACCACUGAUGACCCAAAGAAGACUCCAAAGGAAUCCAAAGGAAGCAAAGUGAAAGAGAGAAGAUCAAGUGGUAAUCGUAGAAGAUCUAGUAAUGCUUUAAAUGAUGAAGAUGAGAGCUCUUCUGAAGAUGAAGAUGAUGAUCAGAAUACUGUUCUGGGCAAAGACUUUGAAAUUCUACACAAAAAAGGAACCAACAGAUUUGCUUGUUCAUGUGGUUUUGCUGAAGAGGAACAAUAUUUUGCUACACAUUUAGUACGAAGCCACUUGAUUUAUAAACCGUUUCGCUGUGCUUACUGUAAACGCUGCCUAUUGAACAAAAAUUACAUGAAGAUCCACAUAAGAGAGAAACACAGAGAAGAAGGUCAACGACCAAUGUUAAAAGAGUGGAGUCUUGUUGGUUUGAAAAAAGCAGAAAUGUUGUGUCAAAGAGCAAGAAAAAGUGGAAAAUUUGUCCAUAAUGCAAAGAAAAAUAUGGCUGAAGCAGAGGCUGCAAAAUAUUCAUCCAUGGUUAAUGAUGUUGUUCGACAUAAACACCUUUCAGAACCCACUCUAAUUCAACCCAAACCAGUGACUGAAAGAAGUCACCCAACUGAAUUACCAGUACUGAAAUUUGUAUCAAGAUCAGCUCGACAAGCUUCUUUAGAUGUUGAUAAAUCUAAACCUCUUCAAGACACUGUAGUCCCUAGACCACAAUCUUCUUUUGGAGAUGCAAACAGAACAAAUUCAAAAACAAGACACAACUCUGAUGGUAAGGGUUAUGGUGAAACUCAAAUAAAAAACCAGGACUCUCCCACUGGUAAAAUAAAGAAAAACUCACACACUUCUGGAAUUGAUAAGAGUAAUGAGAGCAGUCCAAAAUCUUCCUCUUCCUUGCCCUCGAGAUUUGUAUUAAUCGCACCUAAAGAACAGGAUUAUCCUGUUCAAACUUUUGAUGUAUCUGCCUUCAACCUAAUCCAAAGCCCUCAAAUUAGAACAUCUGCAUCCAAUGUUUAUCCACCUUCAUAUCGAAACCAUCACCUGCCAGUGUUAACAUCUCAGGAAUUCCAAUCAAAUUCCGCAGUUCAAGAGAAGAGUUUUCCUUGUACCUGGUCUCAAACCAACCAAAUUUUGCCUUCAGAGGAACAAAUAGUACCAGUAAUGCAAAACCAAAAUAAAUCAAGAUCCCCAGUAGCAACAACAAGUACCUCUACACAGCAUCAUUACAGUCCUUACGAACAAACCAGUGUCUCAAAUCAAAACUUCUCCACAGUUCCUUCGGGUAUGUUUUCACCUGAGAAUCUUCCAGGUGUCAAAAGCUAUCAUUCUAGCAGUGUUCAACAACAGCAGCAGAGGGUUUUGGACAGAUCUGACCAUAAUCCUCAGAUCUUUUCAGCUUCUUCAAAUAUAGGCUCAUCUAAACAUUCUGUAACAAAGAGUGCAAACCAAGCUUCAACUGUUGUUCACCUUCUCACGAAAGUUCAACAAAGCAGAAACAAGACUGAAUCAGUUGAACAUCAACAUGUUAGACAUUUGAAUAUUGAUCACCAAUCACGUAUGGUCAAUCAGCUAUCAGGUAGUCCUAGGAAUACCCAAGAAGCUUUUAUCACAACAGCAACUGAUUUAGAAGUUAUGGUGCAGAGUAAUAGAAACCAACUACUGACUCAUGAUCUACUAUCAAAUUGUGAUUCCAAAUUGCAAAAUGUUCAACAUGUUACUGCUACUUCAGCAUCAUCUCAAAAUCUGUCAACCAGUUUGACUCCAAUGACUAGCAGCCAAGACCUGAAUAAUCCUCCAACAGCAAUCUGUACACCUAUCACACUCAUUCCACAUAUGCCUAAAGGAAUUACUGUCUCAGCCAAUCCAGCAAAAAUGCAGUAUCCUGUUACAUCUUCACAGACUUCUUGGAAUUCCAAAUCAGAUUUACCCACUCAAACUGCUCUUCAACAGCCCGAAAAUAUUCCCGAAGAAGCAUCACUGAUCAGGGCUGAUUCCGAACCUAGAAUAAGAGCAUUAUUGAAACUAACCGAUACUAAAUUUAGAUUCACAGAUGGAGUAUAUCAAUGCUUAGAACAUAAGAAAAAUUGGAAAAGCCGUGAAAACUUUUGGUGGCAUGUAUGGGGUCAUCUUCAUAUGUUUCAAUCUGAGAAGCGAUUUUGUACUUAUUGUUAUGAUGUUCUUUCUGUUUUUCCUAAAUGCAGAAGUGUGGAUAAGCUGUUACUGAAAAUAGAACAGAAUCUUGGUGAAAAUCCACCUGAAAUCAAUCCACAGUAUAACCAAGAAGCAACAAAUGCUAAUGUCAAAGAUUCUGGUUCCAACAACCAAAUGAGCACACUGAUCAAAGUAGAAACAUCAGUUGAGAAUAGAUUUGACUCCAAUAAUGUCUCCACAGCUAUUCUUAUUGACAGUGAUGGAGAACCAAGUCAUCCAAGUACAGAUUCUGAGAAUGGUGCAGAUUCUGUCGAUGUUGCUAUUGAAAAACUGAAAGCAUUUAUAGCACAAAAUAAAACUUUGGAAGCAACCCAUGUUAUAUGUCCUCCUGAUAUUAUUGAACAAAGGCGGGUUCUGGCUUUGAAAAUCAAAUCCAUGUUUGUGCAGUUUGAAAAGAGGGAGGAAGAACUGGAAAAUAGACCUCCAAAAACUGAAGAAGAAAAGAAUUGUGACAGAUUAAAGAUUCUCAGGUCUAUUCAAGGAAGACUUUUGCAAAAAAAUAACCCAUGCAUUAGCCAAAAUGAAGAAAAUGCCAGAAAUAUAGCCAAGCUUCACAUCCUCAAAGAAGUAACCAAAGUUUUUGGUAAUGAUCUGAACUCAACUACAUCAGCAACUUCAGAUGCUGGUGAAAUGAUUCAUAUUGUUUCUAAAAUAGCUUCAGCUCCUUCAUCUGUUAUAGAUCCAGCUGCAAGCGUGGAUAGUGAUGUUGGACAAGUCAGUGAUAGAACUACACCAAUCGAACCUUAUACAAUUAGUCAUUCGUCAGUUGCAGUCAGUGGUAGGACUACACAUGAAUCUGGUACAGUUAGUGUUUCAUCAGCCAAUGGUGGAACUACAUUAAACGAAACUGACACAGGUAGUGGUUCAUCAGUUGUGACCAGAAAAAGGAUUACACCAAAUAGAACACAUGCAGUUCAUGCUUCAUCAUUUGAAACCAGUGGUCGAUCACCACCAACUGAACCUAGUACUUCAUCAGUUGUGGUUAGUGGUAGGAAUACACCAUAUGAAUCUGGUACAGUUACUGCCUCAUCCAUUGUUUCCAAGUCAUUUCAAUCUGUAGGACCGUCUCAAUUUUUUUCAUGCUCUUUGUGCAGAUUUUCCACCCUCUUUGCUCUGAAAUUCAAAAAACAUUUAGAAGAACAUGAAGGUCAAGACAUUUUGUGUAUUCACUGUGGAUACUCUUCAUUUGAUUUAAAGGAAUUCUUCAAGCAUUUCAGAGGACAUUGCAAAACAAAUCCUGGUUUAGCAACAUUUGUCUGCGUUUGGAAAUCCUGCAAGAAAUACCAACGAAAUAAAUUAGCUGAAUUCAUGCAUCAUCUGAAAAUGUACCAUUCAAAGGAUGAUUUGACCUGCUGCUGUUGCAAGAGUGUGUUUCCUUCACUGGAUCUGUUUCAGGCACAUCUUCGAUCCAGUUUAUUGACCAUUGUCAAAUGUCCUCACUGUCAAGCCAAAGCAACAGAUAAGAAGUCCAUGCUUCAACAUAUUGCAAAUUAUCAUCCCAAAAAAGGAAGGAUGAUCAGCAUUACUAAGCAUUUGAUUUGUAAUGAUAGGAAACUACAUGGUUUUGACCCAUUGAAGAUGCUGGCUUUUCAAACAGAGUGGCUGAAUCAAGAUGAAGGAGAUGACGACGAUGUUGAGUUUAUUGAGUACAUUGAAGCACCCCCAGGACAUGCAACCAACAGACCUGAACCUUUAGAAGUAAAGAAAGAGAUGGGAUCUCGGGAAUCUUCGUCGUCAACCACAAGGAAUCUAUCAGAAUCACAAAAUCUGGACCCAGCUAAAAACACAACAGAGAUGCUCACUUCUACUACUUCAUCAACAACCAGAAAUCAAUUAGAAUCUCGAAAUCAAGACUCUGCAACUGAAGCACCCAAUGCGAAUAAGGCUGGUAUUGUCCACGACAGUUCACUUGGUGAAACUCAUUUUCAAUUACCAUCUUCUUCAUUAAGCUCAUUAAAAGAACCUGUCUCAGAAUCGCCACAAGAUCAUUUAAAAUAUAGAUGCCAUCAGUGUUCUUUUGUAGCUGAAAGGUCCAGUAUACUGGAUGAUCAUCUGUAUAAGCAUCGUAAUCUUCACCAGAUUGAUGAUGAAAAAGAUUUCAGCUGUAUGUUUUGUCCAACAACAUUCAAUGACCUGACAGAAAUGGAAAACCACCUUCAACACCAUGAUGAGAAAAUAUCGUUCACCAUGUAUGAAUGUACCCUUGAUGGAUUCAAGACAAACCAGUUACACUGUCUUAAAACUCAUAUCAAAGAUGACUUGCAUCAAAAUCACUCCAAUUUGAAUGACAUGAUCAGGACCAGCACAGUUAUGUUGGAGACAAAGGUUUCAAGGUGUUCUAAAUGUGAUUACAAAGGGAUUGGGAAAUCAUCAGUAAUGAAACAUGAAAUGAUUCAUCAGGCGCCAAAAACAGCUCCAAGAGAAAUUGCUGUAUCACAACAAAUUGUGAAAGCAUCAGAAAUGAAGCAUGAAAUAGUUAAUCAGGCACCCAAGACUGAAGAGGAAAAUCCAUAUUCAGAUGAAUUUGGGAGAGCAUUCCAAAAACAGAGCAUUCACGAAGCAGCCAAGAGACCUCAAGUGAACAUUGCAGUAUCACAACAACAUAGAAAUGUGUCAGUUCACGAGGCCGGUAAAACAGCUCCAGAGGAAAUUCGACAGUGUGGGAAAGCACCAGUAACUAAGCAAGAAAUAAUCAAUGAUGCAUCCAAGACAACUCAAGAGAACAUUGCACCACAGCCUGUGAAAAGUAAAAUCGACAAAUUUGAACCUUUGAAAUUUGAAUUUAAAAAUUCUGAAAGUGUUUGUUCUAAGAAGUGUAUUCCUAAAUCUGGUAAGGAUGACUCUCACCAACCUACAGUGGAGUCCAAUAUUGUCUCAGAAUCCUAUGAUGACAUCCAUUGUGUGUAUAAAGUCACAAUGGGUACAUCAGCUGAUAGAGGAACAUACUUUGAUCAGUUUGAUGAAAAGAUCUCAAAGCUAUACUCUUCAAAAGAUCAUUUGUACCAUUGCCGAGUGUGUGAGAAAAGGUGUAAAAUGAAGCGUGCCAUCCAUGAUCAUCUGGGAAAGCAUUUAAAUAUUCCCUAUUUAUGUGAGAUUUGUGAUUAUGAAGAUAAACUGUUUUCACUGCUAUCAAGCCACAUGAAAGAUGUUCAUCACAUAGACAAUGUACGUGUGAUAUUCCCAAAGAAUUGGCAGAAUAAAAUUGAUAAGCUGCUGAAACCAACAUGCGAUGAUGGUCAAGCUGUUGGAAAGGUUGUAAGAGAAGAAAAGGAACAAUCCAUGCUUAUGAAAAGAAGAUUCUUUGUACAGGGUUCUAAAGGAAUUCAGACCUGGACAGUUGAUGCUAAGGCUUCUAAAGAUCUAGCUGUUCCGGUGAUAUCUUUAGAGAAAAAUGAUGUUGAGUCAAGUGAUGUUGAUUUUUAUUCUGAUAAUUGUGGUACUGUAGAAAAUUGUGAUGACGCCAUGGAUUUAUCCGAAAUAUAUCCAUCAACCAGAGGUAAACUGAAAAGAAAGAUAUCUUAUGAAAGCCCUACUUCACAAUCCAAAGAUGAAGCUAGUGAUGCAUCUAGUACAAGCAAAGUCAAAAAGAGAAAGAAGAGUGCAGUUAUUGGUAACCACAUGCCAGAAAUAGACAAAAAAAAACAGUUGUCUUCAAAGGAUAGUAGUGCAUCCAAAAAAAGAGAUAAGUUUCCAGAUACAAAGAAAAGUAAAGAAGGUCAGAACAGCAAGCAUUCCUGCAGUACCAGAGCUCAGAGCAGCAAAUUUCUGUUAAACGCACAUUUUGUCCUAUCGUCUAUACCAAAUAGACCUAGAAAAAAAACUUUAGUUUCAAAGGAAAAAGACAACUUUCACUUAAUACAAGAAUUAUGUGCUGAAUCUGAGGUAGUUGAAUCCAGCAAGAUAUCUGAAAAGACUAACCUUUCCGUCAAACCAAUAUCAAAUACUGAGGCUAAAAGCAACAUAAAAUCAUUUGAAAAUACUGGUGUCGAACAGGAUCCAGAAAUUGAAAAAGAGACAACACUUAACAUAAAAGAAGAACCAGGCAUUUCAGAAGAGUGUGCAGAAGAACCUAAAUCACCUAAACCAUUGAAAGAUGAUGCCACCGCCAUGGUUAGAUCAUCAUUAAAGAGCUCUUCAGCAUCACAUAUUUCAAAGACAAAAUCAGUGCCAAAACAGAAAUCGCCUUCUAAAUCUAAAUCAAGGUCUCCAAAAAAAUCUAAUCCUAUGACCAUUAAAUUCAAUUUCAAGAAGUCCAACAGCUCAACAAAAGUAACUGACUCAUCCAAAAUAACUAAGCCAUCAACAGUGAAUGACUCCGCAAAAGUAACUAAAUCAACAAAAUUCAUUGACUCAUUAAAUUCAAAUGACUCAGAUUCAAUUGACUCAGUUUAUUCAGUUGACUCAUUGAAUUCAAUUGACUCAUCAACGGUGAAUGACUCAGCGAAAGUAACCAAAUCAACCAAAUCAAACUCAUUAAAUUCAAUUGACUCAUGUAAUUCAGUCAACUCUUCACAAUCAUUUGACUCAUCAGCAGUGAACAACUUCGGAAAAGAAACCAAAUUAACAAAAGUGACUGACACAUCAAAAGAGAAUGUUUCGGCCACUAAAUCAGUCAAAGUUAUUGACUCAGCAAUAAUGACUGACUCAUUAGAUUCAAUUGACUCAUCAAAAGUAACCGAUGAAUCAAAAACAACUGUCCCUGAAUCUGAAUUUUUUGAUGAUGAUAUUUUGUUGAAAGAUGAGCCUGAACAGAAAAUGUUUGAAUGCAACCAAUGUUCUGCUAAAUUUUAUUCCCUUUUCCAAAUGCAGAAUCAUCAACGCUUUUUGCAUCGAAGUGAGAUGAAAAGCAGUCCAUUUAUAAAAGGGAAGAUUUUUGGGCAGUCACUGAAAAAGAGUCCUGAGAAGAAUAGUACCAUUGGCGAGGCAAAGACUUUUAUGGGUAUAGUUUCAUCAAAGAGCACUACAGAUGCUUGUACUAGCAAAUCUUCAACUGAAGUUAAAUCUACUCUAUCUGAAACUAGCUUAGCAAGAAGUAAACUACAUCCAAAAAGCUCAGGACUGAAGGAUUCACCAUCCAAGUCGCUGAAAUGUAAUCCAAAUAAACCAAAAGUCACCUUAGCCAGAGGCAAAUCUGGAGAUGGAAGUGAUAAAUCUUCAAGCACCACACUUCAAACUGGCACCAAACUUGAUGCGUCUUGUAGUACAUAUGGUACCAGUAGCAAAGCUGAUACCAGAGCCAGCCCAAUUAAAAAAUCUGGCAUAUUGAAGCGAAAAACCAGUUCACCAAAUUCAUCUGAACCAUCAGCAAAGAAAGCUCUGACACACAAACAUAAGUGCAGCUACUGCGAAAAAAGCUUCAACUCUCUAAUGACUUUGGGUAAACACUUCAGUCUACAGCAUACAGAUAAAGGUGAGAUCCUAUGGACUGAUGUGGAAUCUGGAUGUACAUUCAACAGAACAGGCAGUCACUUCACAACCUCUACAACAUGUUCCCAUCCACAGAAAUUCCUGUGUUAUUGUUGUGACUUUCGUGCUAAGAGAAGAGAUUUAGUCAAAGAGCAUCAGAAAGAAAGGCAUGGUCAGAAUAAACAGAUUAUAAAGUUAUCAGAAGCUGGUCAAGAUAUGGAUAAUAUUAAUACAAAUGUCAAGGCAGAGAAGGAAGUUUUAUUAGAGACCAUUGCACUUAAUGAGACUAGAGGGGUGGAACUAUGCCAAGAACCAGGUUCUCAAGGAGAAUUAAACUGUAAUAACAAUACUACCACUGAAGACUCAGGAGACAAAUUAAGCAGUCCAAAGACUUUAAAAGUUACUGGAUGUGUCACACCAUCGGAUACUAUUUUGAAAUUAACCGUGCCAACAUCAUCAUCAUUAUCUCCAUCAGAUUCUAAAUUCACCAGGUCAUCAUCAGAUGGUGGUUCUUUAAAUGUAUCAAUGGAGUCUUCAACAUCAUGUAACAAGACUGUGUCCAAAGGAGAUCCAUCCUUUGAAGUGUCAUGGAAAAUGAGAUUUUUGAUAUCAAAAGCCAUAGAUAAUGCAUCCAUGAAAACCAGUUCAAAGAUAACUUCAUCAGGAAGCAAGGCAGCUUCAGGUGUUCAACCACUUAUCAAGUCAUCAUCAAAGUGUUCACAAUCAUCUGGCAGCAAUUUGUUCAAAGGCUCCAAUCCAUGUACAUCACCCGAAGACUCUCAGGUUCAAGCAGAUAAACCUACUUCAGAUACACCUAAAAUAUCAAAUAUAAGGUUAUCAGGUAGUGACGAUGUUCAUCUGUGUCCUUCCGUAGAGAGAAAUAGUGCCAUUUUGUCCAAGAAAAUUCCCACAGACAACCAUUCAAGAUCUCGCUUUUUGCAGAAAAACAGAAUUAUAUAUAAUUGCCCAUUUUGUUCCUACAAAAUUCAUAAAUUGUAUGUGUAUAGUAGACAUUUAGCGAAACAUAAACGCUUUAUGAAAGUGGCAAAAAAGUGUGGUGCAUGCAUGAAAAACUUAAAUGAAGAGAAGACAUUUAGCCGUCAUGUAUGUCCAGGAACAAAAAGUGCUAAAUAUAUUAAGACUUCACGCUCAGAUGUAGCGGUUCGCUUCGUUGAUUUGAUACCUUUGUUGAUUUUAAAAGACAUUUAUUCUGAAGUUCAGACAUGA